GUUCCCAGGUAAUGAAUGACUAUAUGGCUUCGGCUUCGAAUCUCUUCUCUAUUGACUGAAUUACGCUAGCGCUUGUGUUUCUGCUGUUCAGCGACUGAACGAGCUAAGACGCCAUCCCCUGCCUUUUGACGCUGGAGGUGACGCUCUCCAUUAGUGUGGCUGCUGAUGGUAAUUGAUUGUUGGGCUCGCAUGAUGGACUACGAUUGGGCGAUUGACGCGGGAUAUGUCCCUGAGACCAUUAUUAGAUUUGGCACCAGACGGAUACAGCAGGCACAAGAGGCAGCAAUCGCGAAGAGGACACUAACAGAGGCGAUGAGUCAGAAACUAGAAUAUGUUGCAAAAUUGCGCUCCCAGCCCAUCGCGAUACAGACAACCACUGCCAAUGAGCAGCAGUACGAAAUCGGCACAGGCGUGUUUGAGGCAUUCCUCGGCCCUCGCAUGAAGUAUUCAUGCUCGCUGUUCCAAACGGGACAAGAAACGAUUGCGGAAGCGGAGACGGCGAUGUUACAGACAUACGCAUCAAGGGCGGAAUUUAAAAACGGCAUGAGUAUCCUUGACCUCGGAUGUGGUUGGGGAUCAGCAACGCUGUUUUUCGCAGAACAGUAUCCAGCAUCUAGAGUGACUGGGCUAUCCAAUUCAAGGACCCAAAAAGACAAGAUAGUUGCCGAAGCGGCAAAACGAAACCUGACAAAUGUUGAAAUCAUCACGGGAGACAUCGCAGAAUACAAUUUCGAACCUGAGCAAUUCGAUCGCGUGGUUUCCGUCGAGCUAUUUGAACACAUGAAAAACUACGAACUGUUAAUGGCCAAAGUUGCUACCUCCCUCAAACCGGGUGGCAAGCUUUUCGUCCAGAUCUUUUGCCACAACAGCACACCAUACGACUUCGAUGAGGGUUGGAUGUCCAGAUAUUUCUUCGCCGGCGGUACCAUGCCCUCUGCGGACUUGCUGCUGUAUUUCCAACGUGACCUACAGAUACAAAAGCAGUGGUGGGUGAAUGGAUCAAAUUACGCAAGAACUUUACAGUGUUGGCUUUCGGCGCUCAGGAACAACAAGCAACAGGUAUGGCCGCAUCUUGUGGAAACGUACGGAGAGAGCAAUGCCUCGUCUUGGUAUAAUCGGUGGCUUGCGUAUCACGCAGCGGGGUCCGAACUUUUCGGGUUUGGCGGCGGCGACGUCUCAGGCACCUGUCACUACCUGUUCGGCAAGCCCGAGUGAUGAUGAAGUCUUGGGACAUAUAUAGUGUAUAUAGUUCAAAUCGUGUACUUGAACCGCAAGCCAGGCAGCGCGGCACAACAAUCUAUAGCGGUAUUCCUUCCGCAAGC